AUGGAUUUAGGAUUCAAAGACCGUAACAACAGGACACCUACCAAGAACAACUCUGCUACUACAAAGAAUUUUUCUGCCUGGGAAGACUAUAAGAGUAGUGUGGAUGAUAUACAGUACUUUCUUAUUGGGUUGUACACACUUAUAAGUCUGGCUGGCUUUAUGGGAAAUCUGCUUAUACUAACGGCUCUACUAAAGCGCAAGCAGAAGACAAUAAUAAAUGUUCUUAUCGGUAACUUGGCCUUUUCUGACAUCUUGGUUGUGCUGUUUUGCUCACCUUUCACACUGACAUCCGUCCUGCUUGACCAAUGGAUGUUUGGCACUAUCAUGUGCCAUGUAAUGCCCUUCCUCCAGUGCGCAUCAGUUCUAGUUUCAACUUUGAUGUUAAUAUCUAUUGCUGCAGUCAGGUACCGUAUGAUAAAAUAUCCCCUUUCUAGCAAUUUAACAGCAAAACAAGGCUAUUUCUUAAUAGUGACCAUUUGGGCCCUUGGCUUUGCCAUUUGCUCCCCUCUGCCAGUUUUCCACAAAAUUGUGGACCUCAGCAAAACUCUGAAUUUAGAGGCACUGGAGAACAGGCUCUUGUGUAUUGAGUCAUGGCCUUCCGAUUCCUACAGAAUCGCCUUUACAAUAGCCUUAUUGCUCAUGCAGUAUAUAUUGCCGCUGGUGUGUUUAACCGCUAGUCACACCAGCGUCUGCAGGAGCAUAGGUUCCAGACUGUCAACCAAGGAAAGCAAGUUUGAAGAAAAGGAGAUGAUAAACCUAACUCUUCAUCCCUCUAAGAGUACUGGCACGCAGGUGCAGCCCUCCAGCCAUUCCAGAUGGUGCUGCGCCUUUGGCAGAAAGCACCACAGAAGAUACAGUAAAAAGACUUCAAGUGUGAUGCCAGCUCUUUCAAGGCAUCAUCAGGAUACUCAUUCCAGAGACCUCCCAGAAACCUCUGGCACAGAAAAAAGCCAGCUCUCUUCCUCCAGUAAAUUCAUCCCUGGGAUACCUAUCUGUUUUGAGAUGAUCCCAGAAGAAAAUACAGAGAUCCAGGACAUGAUUACGUUAUCCCGGUCCAUCAUCAGAAUUAAGACAAGGUCUAGGAGAGUUUUUUGCAGACUGACAGUGCUAAUCCUAGUUUUUGGUUUCAGUUGGAUGCCUCUUCACCUUUUCCACAUUGUGACGGAUUUUAAUGCCACUCUCAUUUCUAACAGACAUUUUAAAUUAGUAUAUUGCAUAUGCCAUUUACUGGGUAUGAUGUCCUGCUGCUUGAAUCCCAUCCUCUACGGGUUCCUUAACAACAGCAUAAAAGCCGAUUUAAUGUCCCUUAUUCCAUGCUGCCAAAUAUCAUGAUUUUAUGCACCCCAAGAUAAAAUAAAACAAACAAGCUUGGCUUUCAAGUCUACUGAUGUGUAUACCUGUAAAAGCUAAAUUAG